AUGGUUAGAUUAAGCAAUUGCAUCGCAGCAUUGAUCAAUGUCGUUAUCAUUUUGAUCGCAGUGGUGUUAAUCGGCACAUCAAUGGUAUUCUACAAGGGACACGGUUCAGCGACGGAAUGCGAGAGAUUUCUUCAGAAACCGCUCCUUGCGAUCGGAAUAUUCCUUUUCGUACUCUCAAUCCUCGGAUUAGGAGGCGCGACCUGCCGAUUUCAGUGGAUGCUUUGGAUCCAUUUGUUCGUGAUGUUUUUGCUUAUUAUUGUCCUUACGGCGUUUACUGUUUUCGUUAUCGUUGUUACGAAUAGCGGAGUUGGGAGAGCGGUUUCUGGUAGAGGGUUCAAGGAAUAUCGUCUUGGUGAUUAUAAUGAUUGGCUUCAGAAAAAUGUUAUUAAUGAUGACAAUUGGAUUCAGAUUAGGAGUUGUUUGAUUGAUACUCGUGCUUGUCGUCAUCUUCAAGUCCCUGUUUCAGGCCAGACUCUUCAACAAUUCAUCAAUAUUAAUCUUACACCAGUUGAGUCUGGAUGUUGCAAACCUCCAAUAUACUGCGAGUUAGAUUUCAAGAAUGCAACAUUCUGGACAAUGCCGAAAACAGGACCAGCAGUGCCAGACGAGGAUUGCGUUACGUGGAACAAUGACCCAAAGAAGUUGUGUUUUGACUGCAAAUCAUGCAAAGCAGGGGUCCUUUCAGGAAUCAAGAAAGAGUGGAAGAUAAUUGCCAUAAUCAACUCUUGCUUCAUUGGAUUUGUCAUCAUCUUCUACUCGAUUGGUUGUUGUGCUCUCAGGGCUAAUCGUGUUGGUCGCUACCACAAGUAUAGACCUUGAAAUCAUGUCGACCUGCAGUGUUUAUUCGACCAUGUCUUAUCAUAUAUAUAUACAAUUGUUGGAUCUUGUGAGCCUUUGAUACUAUUUUUGAUCACCCUAGAUGGAUUAUAUAAUAUCUUUAAUAUUUCAUCCAUU